ACAAAUCUCCAGGUCUCAUUCUUGAAUAUACGAAUAUGCGCCUUCGAGCUAACUAUGGAGAUGCCUGCCUGGAAUCACCACUAUAAUUUCUUCCAGGAUUCAUUUUCAACUUUCAACUCUAGUUCUCAGAAUCAGUUGAAUCAGGGGAAUAUGAACUGAUACUGAGAGUUAUACUUUGUCCACCUUUUUCUCAUUUUUGCACAUUUUCAUCCCAAAUAGCUAUAUUAACCUUCCACUAGGCCUUCCCCUUUCCAAAACAAACUCUUGGCAUCUCAACAUCAGGAAGAAAAAAAAUAUUUGUGGUAGUUUCUUUUGUACAAGAUUUGACUUAUAGAUGUGUAGUAUAAAUAAAGUAAUAGGCCCCUAUAAAGUUCCACGCUCUGGUUUCCAAAUCACUGCAAAUUUUCCAUGUCAUUGUAUUUCACCCCUACAUAUCCUUUUCUGAGUGAAAUAUAUUAAACUUCAUUGGAUCGGAAGAACUACAUAUAGCUACAGAUAAAUUAUGACAGCAGAAGCUCAGAAAAUAGUGGUGAUCCAGGAUGCAUCUAAAGACAUUGUUAGUUCGAGCACAAUUCAAUUAGUCCUGCAUGGCUUAUCACAUAAGCCUGGGGAUGAACUAACACUUCUUGCAGUUCUUCACCAGGUUAAUAACCCUAGUACGUUAUCUCUCAUGAAAGCUGGGAGACUGUUGGGAUACAGGAACAAAAUGGAUUCCAGUUCAUUUUUUGGAACAAACCAGAAAGUCAUUCAAGAAGAGAUUGAGAGGAAAACGGAGGAGUAUCGUAACAAAGUGGAAAUUACAAUGAUUUCUCAGAUAUGUGAAUGCGCAGAGAUUAAGUUCCACAUGGAAGUACUCGCUGGCCCGUCUCCAAAGAUGGUUGCUGCAGAUGCUGCCAAAGGAUUAGGAGCAACGUGGGUUAUUCUUGAUAGGCAAAUGAAGAAAGACAAGCAAUUCUUCAUGGAGAAUCUGACAUGUGGUAUAUCGAGGAUGAAACGUAACAACUCUGUUGAACAACUGAGAGGCCCAAAACCAAUUGAGAACAGCAAGCCAGCAGCUGAAAGGCGCACCACCAGGAGACGUAUCAAAGAACAAGUAAAAUAUGAUGAAAUGAUACCCGGAGAUGAAGAACUCUCUCCUAAAAAAACUCCAAGUCUUCCAAAUAUCAGUAAUGGCAAAGAACAAGAUGCUGAUGUUCGCGGACACCCAUGGCCUAAUUAUAGGAAAUCUGCUUCCUCAUCAAGUGAGCAGGCGACAACUUCAAGCCUUGGGACUACUGAAGCCUUACCUUCUGUUCUUGCUGGUCAUUUUCAAGAGGUAGAAAUCACUACAAAUACUGGAAGAGGAAAAGCAGAAGUCCCUCCUCCAAUUGCAAGGGGUCAAGCGAGGGAUCAAAAGGAAACAGAUAACGCUGGGAGCCCAGAUGAAGCUAAACAGCACAGCUACAAGAAUGAUUGGAUAGGAGAAUGUCAAGCAGAUGAGGAAUUUAAAAAUUCAACCUGCACAGUUUGCAAUAAUCAACGACCAAAGAUCGGAUGGAAGAGAGACUUUACUUAUGCAGAACUCCAAGCUGCUACUGAUAGUUUUUCCGCAAAGAACUUCCUAUCUGAAGGUGGAUUUGGUUCAGUCUACAAAGGAGAACUGAAUGGAGUGAAGAUUGCUGUAAAGCAACAUAAAAAUGCAAGCUUCCAAGGAGAGAAAGAAUUUAAGUCUGAAGUUCAUGUACUCAGCAAAGCAAGACAUGAAAAUUUGGUUAUGCUGUUAGGAUCAUGUUCAGAAGGAAGACAGAGGCUCCUUGUUUACGAAUAUGUUUGCAACGGUUCUUUGGAUCAACAUUUAUCAACACAUAACACCAGGCCUCUCAGUUGGGAUAAGAAGAUAAAAAUCGCUACUGGAGCUGCAAAAGGGUUAAAAUAUCUGCAUGAGAACAACAUCAUCCAUAGGGACGUGAGACCAAACAACGUCCUCGUCUCACAUGAUUAUGAAUCCCUGCUAGGAGAUUUUGGUCUUGCAAGAACUCAACAUGAAGACUCGGAUCGAUCAACAGACACAACAAGAGUUGUCGGAACUUUGGGAUAUUUGGCACCAGAAUAUGCAGAAAGUGGGAAAGUGUCAACCAAGACAGAUGUUUAUGCUUUCGGGGUCAUUCUAUUACAGCUUAUCACAGGAAUGAGGCCUACAGACAAGAAGCUUGGAGGGAAAAGUCUUGUGGGAUGGGCAAGACCACUAUUGAAAGAAAGGAAUUACCCAGAUUUAAUCGACCCAAGGAAUGUAGAUGCACAUGAUGUGCAUCAACUCUAUUGGAUGGUUCGGGUAGCAGAAAAAUGUCUCACCAGGGAUCCUUACAAGAGAUUAACUAUGGAUAAGGUAGUUUAUGCUUUAGAUUACCUGAAUGAAGCCAACCAAAAUUGUGUCAUUGGAGACUUCUCCCCAGCACAUUCUGAAUCUGCUGGAAGCAGACUGGGCUCUUCUGAAUCACACGGUGGAGAAGGUGACAAUUACAUUAGUAUAGACAUUACUCCAGAAGGAGGCUACAUGACCGGAAAACUCUUGCCAAUAUCGCCUUCCCCUCCAUCAACAUGUUCAGAAAAGUCAUGCUUUUCCACAGUGUCAGAGCAAUCCACCUUGGGUAGCAGUAGCACUGCAAGUUUUGAAGACAAGAGAUAAAUACCAGAAUAAUGGUGCAUUAUCUUUGUAGUUGGUGUUGAAACUAGUGAUGGACUAGUUCAGGACGAUCCAGAUGGGGAUUUUAGAUACCAUGGUAAACAUGACGUCGAAACUCGGUACGUAGAGCAUUUUGGAUUAAUGUAUCUUGGCCGGAACCCUUCUUCCAAUCCCCUAGAGAUUCAAGAGGGACUCUUUGGCUUAUUUCUUGUGGCCAAAUACUUUGAUAGUUUGAUAUUGGUUUCACAGUAGAUCAUGUAGUUUAAUUUCGACACUAAUAAUCUUGUAGGUUUAUAUGUCUGCAAUAAUAGUCGUGAGCAUCAUUGUGCAUUUAAA